AUGUGGAGGCGGCGGCGGAGGUUGCUGCUCUUGCCGCUGCCGCCCUCGUCGCCUUGGAGCAGGCGCUGCGCGCUGGCGCUGCUGCUGCUGCUGCUGCCGCUGCCCGGGAUGCUGCGCGCCUUCAACCUGGACCCCGAGAAGUUCGCCGUCUACAGCGGCCCCGACGGCAGCUACUUUGGCUACGCGCUGGAUUUCUACAGCCCUGCGCCGCACGCAGUCAGUGUCUUGGUUGGAGCUCCCAAAGCCAACACUACACAGCCGGACAUUGUGGAGGGAGGUGCUGUCUAUUAUUGCCCUUGGCCGGCUGCUGAGUGCAAACUGAUCCCUUUUGAUAAUACAAACAACAGGAAAAUCAAAAGCAAUGGCACACGGGAGCCCAUUGAAUUUAAAUCGAAUCAGUGGUUUGGAGCAACAGUGAGAGCUCAUAAAGGAAAAGUUGUGGCUUGUGCUCCCUUGUAUCACUGGAGGACCCUGAAGCCUAUACCUGAAAAGGAUCCAGUUGGCACCUGCUAUGUAGCAAUUCAAAAUUUCAGUGCCUAUGCCGAAUAUUCUCCUUGUCGCAAUAACAAUCCGGAUCCUGAGGGACAAGGUUUCUGCCAAGCAGGAUUCAGCUUAGAUUUUUACAAGAAUGGAGACCUCAUAGUGGGAGGACCUGGCAGCUUUUACUGGCAAGGUCAAAUUAUCACCAGCAGCAUAGCAGAUAUUAUCACAGACUAUUCAUUCAAGAACAUUUUGAGGAAAUUGUCUCGAGAAAAACAAACUGGAGUCGCACCAUCAAUAUAUGAUGACAAUUACCUGGGAUACUCUGUGACUGCUGGUGAAUUUACUGGAGAUUUUCAGCAAGAGCUGGUUGCCGGAAUCCCAAGAGGUGCGCAGAACUUUGGAUAUGUUUCAAUUAUUAAUUCCACAGACUUAACCUUCCUUCAGAAUUUCACUGGAGAACAGAUGGCAUCUUACUUUGGAUACACAGUCGCAGUCUCGGAUGUUAACAACGAUGGAUUUGAUGACAUCCUGGUUGGUGCCCCUCUCUUUAUGGAACGUGAAUUUGAGAGCAACCCUAAGGAAGUUGGGCAAGUUUAUUUAUAUGUGCAAGAAAGUGCCUUGUACUUCAAAGAAGCACAGACACUGUCCGGCAUAGAUGUGUUUGGAAGAUUUGGCAAUUCCAUUGCACAUCUUGGAGAUCUGAAUCAGGAUGGCUACAAUGACAUUGCAGUAGGUGCACCAUUUGCAGGAAAAGACAGCAGGGGAAAGGUGCUCAUUUAUAAUGGAGCCAGGAAUGGGUUAAAUCCUAACCCUUCCCAGAUUCUCAGUGGUAUGUGGGCCUCCCAACCCAUGCCUGCAGGAUUUGGUUUUACACUCAGAGGGGACUCUGACAUAGACAAGAAUGAUUACCCAGAUUUAAUUGUUGGAGCAUUUGGAGCUGGAAAAGUAGUUGUCUACAGAGCAAGACCAGUUGUGACAGUGGACGCUCAGCUCUUGCUGUCCCCAGUGAUUGUAAAUCCAGAAAAUAAAACUUGUCAGCUUUCCAGCUCUAUGACUUUAGUGGCUUGUUUCACUGUAACAGUCUGUAUGGCUUUUGAAGGUCAAGGAAUUUCAGAUAAAAUAGCUCUGAAAGCUGAAUUGCAGUUAGAUUCGUUAAAACCAAAAGUAGCUGUGAAACGGACUCUCUUCUUGGACUACCAUCAGUCACAACAUGUCUUUCUGUUUAUGAUGGAUAGGCAAAAGCAGCUCACUUGCAAGGACUUCAUGGUUUAUCUCAGAGAUGAAACAGAGUUUCGAGAUAAAUUGUCUCCAAUUGGCAUUAGCUUGAAUUACAGCUUGGAUGAAUCCACUUUUUCCGAUGGUUUCUCCAUGAAUCCAGUAUUGAACUAUUACCAGGAAAGCAUCGUUGGAGAGAAAGCUUACAUUCUUGUGGAUUGUGGAGAGGACAACUUAUGCAUUUCUGACUUGAAACUUUCCGCUGUGCCAGAUAGAGAUCGGAUCAUAAUUGGGGAAGAAAACUGUGUCAUGCUUUUGGUAAAUACAAGAAAUGAUGGUGAAGGAGCUUAUGAAGCUGAGCUGCAUAUAAAGAUACCUCCAGAGGCAGAUUACACUGGUGUUGAACGUAACAACAAGUCCUUACGUGUGCUGAGCUGCGAUUACAAGAUGGAAAAUGAAACUAGAAUGGUGAUUUGUGACCUUGGGAACCCCAUGGCAGCUGGAACAAAUUUUUCUGCAGGUAUCAAAUUUACGGUUCAGCAUUUUGAAAAUGCUGAAUUGAGCAUCAACUUCGAACUACAAAUAAGAAGUUCCAACAAAGUUAACUCCAACAGUAACUCGAUUGACCUUCAGAUUGAUAUAAGUGCAGUGGCUCGAGUACAGAUCAGAGGAGUUUCUCAUCCACCACAAAUUGUUUUGCCAAUUCAUAACUGGGAACCAAAGGAAGAGCCUACCAAGGAAGAUGACAUUGGUCCUUUGGUGGAGCAUAUAUAUGAGUUGCACAACGCUGGGCCUAGUGCCGUCAAUGAUACACUCUUGUAUGUGGAAUGGCCAGUCCUGAACAGAGAGGAAUUCCUUCUUUACAUCCUGCACAUUCAGACACAUGGACCGUUGCAGUGUCAGACAAGCUCUGCUAUCAACAGUUUAGAAAUAAAGUUUGCUGUGCCACAGGACACACCGGAACUUGCUGCAUUUUUGCGCAACUCCUCUAUUCCUCACUAUGUUGGGCGGAGGGAAGUCAAAGCGAUAGAGCAUCAAACAAACUCUGCAAAAAUUCUGAACUGUACAAAUGUGGAGUGCCUGAUAAUCACCUGUUCAGUAGGACUCUUAGAAAGAGGGAAAAGUGCUGCACUGAAAAUACGGUCUCGGUUAUGGGCCUCAACAUUUCUGAAGAGAAAAAAUCACCACUACUCUCUUUCUGUCAAUGUGUCAUUCGAAGUAAAGAAAAUGCCAUACAAAGUUCAGCCUGCAGGACUCCUUGAAGAAAGUAUAGCGAUAAGCACAUCUGUUAUUUGGGCCACUCCAAACAUUUCCUUUAUAAUCCCUCUGUGGGUUAUAAUAUUAGCCAUACUCCUUGGAUUGCUGGUUUUGGCUAUGUUGACGUUAGCUUUGUGGAAGUGUGGCUUCUUUGACAGAGCUAGGCCUCCUAGAGAUGACAUGGCAGACAGGGUUCAACUGACAAGUGACAAGACUACUGACACAUAGAAGAGGAAAUUUAAUUGAGACAGAGAAUCCUGAUCAAGACCAGAGAUUUCAUCUACCAGCCGCCUUCCUUUGAACUCAAGACUGCCAAGAUGUUGCAAUCUGAACCAUGCAAUGUUCUACACAUUCGCUAUGCAAUGACCGUAGAAGACAGAAAAGAGCAUUUAUCGUUGCCUCAAAAGCAUACCCAGAUGAUGAGCAGAAAGUUUCUUUUUUAAAAAUCACUCCGGACAUUCAAAACUGCGAUAGAUUCCUUGCAACACAUGUGGUGCAUUAAAAGCACUCAUAGUCCGGACCGUGCAGAGAUGAAAGGCCUGUGUUGGCUUAGAAGACAGGCAGGACAAAAUGUUCAAACUCUACUGUAUAAUGGCAGAAUGAUGUGGCACCUCCCUAAGGAUAAGAACUUUUUAAAGAAACUCUGGCUCAGGGAGACAAGCAAUACAUUGGUACUGUGAAAGUACUUCUGAAAAGCAAACGCAGCCUUUAAAAUUACUUCAUAAGGCACAAUUAUUUAUUUUUACACCUUUUAUAGACUGGGCAACUUACUAGAAUUUCUGAAAUUUUAUAUUGAUGUAAUUUUAUAUUAAUGUAACAGCUACAUUAUCUCACAUGUAAACAGAGUGGGUGUAGCCUGCACAUUCCAUAGACUAGUUAAAAGUAUUGUGGGCGGGAGCAGAAUUAUUUUAUAGAGUGGAGAGUACAAUAAGGAGUCAUAAAAUUGUACGCUCGGAAAAAGACCCUGAAGAUUAUCUAAUUCAAUUCUAUUCCCUAAGGCACAAGGCACUAAACUUUUCAUCUAUUGAAUCACAUCCACACCAUAUUAAGAGAUUCAGAUUAUCCGUUUUAUCUUGAUCAUACAAUAGGGAAAAGCAGGUGUCCCCUGCUGGAGAGAGAUGCCUAAUUCUAAAAAAAAGUCUUUUUAAAAAAUAUGUACUUUAGUAAUACAAUCCAGCUGUUUUUAACUAGUGAACUAAACCCCAUGUUACAGAGAAAGGCAAAAAACAAAGAAGCUACUAGCUAACCAAUGUUACAUGGGAGAAUAUGUCUUACCUGACUUUAAAUAAGGUCUGUGAAGCCCUUGCUGUAAGCACAAGCCAGCCACCAAUCAUUUGCAAGAGAUGUUUGUUUCAUUGACUAGCAGGAGUCCACCAUACUCUUCCUCUGUUUCCAGUUGGUGACCUCUGAUGAUUCAGAGGUGGGGGGGUACUCCAAGGAUUAAGGCAAAAUUCCACUGCGACACAUCUGGGUACCAGAUUAAAAACUUAAAAACAGCCUUCCCAACUGUUUUAACAUCACUAAGGCGUUCUGGUUUUUGGCUCCCAUGGCUUUUCCAAGAGGCUGUUCCAGAAUGUUACAUAACUAAUAACUAAUAGAACUUCCUUUUGCUCUCCAUCCUGAAUUUAUUAAUGAACGCUUUAGAAUCAUUAGUUCUUGUAUUCAUACAGCCCAAUCCAGCAAUCUGUUCAGACUGUAAGAGUUCCAGUGUGUGCCUGGAUCUACCCUCAACAUUUAAUUGCUUUUCCAUUAAUUUCAGUGGAGAGAGUCAAUCUGUAUGCAUUUCUUUUCUUGCACCAUUUUAGAUAAAUUAGGAUCCAGAGUGUGCAAGAGGACUGUGUGCAUGCCCCAAAACAAAGGAUGUCCAAAUCAGAACUAUCAAUUUUACCAUAAAUAAUUCUGCCCUCAAUCACGUUUGUUGAAAUGUGUCUCUUUAAUUGUAAUGUGCAGGAGAACAAUCUUUGGACCAAAUCCAGCAAGAUUUGCUAGAUGUUCUACCAACACCAGCCACUGCAAUAGUUACUGGUCCAUAGGCUUUUAAAGGAUUGGAUCAAAGUACUUACAACUGCUGUGGUUUGCCUGACUUGGCAAUGAAUCCCAUGUCGUGCAAACAUCUGCAUGAAGUUUUGGACCUUCUGUGCUCCUUUUGUCUAUUUGUAUCUAAAAUUCAGACGAUUGAAACGUUUGUACUACUCACUCUCUUCCUGUAUCGGUAGGCAGAUGAUUGAUUUUGUGUUUGACAUCAUGUCCUACAUGCAAUUGUUCUAGUAUCCCUGAAUUGUAGUCCUGCCACAAAGCAGAGCUGCUGUGUAAUAUCUGUUGUCAGAGGGAUGGAAAGGGAAGAAAGACAGUGGCCUCUUGAGCCUCCAAACCAUUCUGCCUCCAAAGAUUGUUGAGGAUUUCUGGCUUGUUGUUCUUCCAACUUCUUUUCCUCCAAGGAGCAGAAGGAAUCACACCUGCUGGCCACCAGACAAAAUACAUUUGAAAGGACUCCGUAUACAAUUCUCCUCUCCAUCCCCAGCCAAGUGUUUCUAAAACAGGUCCAUAAUAGAAGGUACAAAAUUCCCACGUUUGAUUAUAUUAACACACCCUAGACUAAAAUUCACUUUGUGAAUAAUAAUAUAAAGAAAUGAACUUCUUUUUGAAAGGUGUAAAAGCUGCCUGUAUUUGUAACUAAGGUUAUCACGUUUCACGUGAACAAAUAAUAUGGAAGAAUCUUGGCCUCUCCCAAUGAUUUUCAAACAGAAGAAGCUCCAAUUUCUCAGAAGGUUCCUAAACUAGAAGAAAAAUAAGGGGAUAAAAUUGGCUCAUCACUGUUACUGUUGCAUUGCAGUGUGAAGAUGCUGCAGAGAAGUAUUGUCUACAUGAGGGACAACAGCAAGGUCCAACAGUGGACUAGGCUGAGCUUAAUCUCCCAAACGUGCUGACUGUGUCUGUCUUCCCUUUCCACUACAACUUGCAAAACAGUUUCAUGGCAGAUGAUUGUGUGUUUCUCAGCUGACAGGUCUGUGCUGAAACAGCCCCUUGAGGCCAAGAAGGUUGAAAACUUUUGCACUGACACUCUUAUUUGCUCUGGCAUAAGAUGAACUGUGACCCAGAAAAGAUCACCUCUUGAAUAAAUCUAGGAACAAUA